AUGGUGUACAGAGAGCGAGGCCAUGAAGAGGCAUCUCUGGUGAUAAAGCAAGUGUCAGAGGAGCACCUGAACAGUAACUACACCUGUAAAUUGCAGUCACCCUCUGGGGUCGUCCACGUUUCCAUCACCUUAAAACAGAAGAGACCUGCCCCGUUCCCCAUCCUGGUCUUUGGUGUAGUGGGAGUUUUUGUUGUCACUGCUGUGGUGGUGACAGUAGUCUAUGUGCAGCUGAAGGUGGACAUUGUCUUGUUUCUCAGAGAUGAUCUAGGUCUGCAUCGUCACAAUGCCUCCGAUGGGAAGUGUUAUAACGCCUACGUACUAUGUUGUAAGAGCGACACGGGGUCAGGUGUGAGUGAAGAGGACCGGCAUAAAAUAGAGGCUGUGUUGGAAGAGGAGUAUGGCUACAGCCUGUGUCUCUUUGACCGUGACAUCCUGCCUGGGGAGGCGGUGUCAGAAGCUGUGCUGGCCUCCAUAGAGAAGAGUCGUCGCCUUAUUCUGGUGUCCAGUGGCUCGGCUUUGAACCCCGGGCAGGACAGCCAGUACAGUCUGCUCACCGGGCUCCAUGCCGCGCUGGUGGAAUGGCACACCCCCCUGGUUCUCGUCCAGGCAGAGGUCAGAUCAGAUGCGGGAUCCAGCCAAGAUAACCAGGAGAAUCUGAAGCUUGACUCGGUCCCUGAGGCCCAGCAGAAGCUGGUUCAGUCUGGACACAAAGUCACCUGGAAGGGUUCCAACUCUGAACCCCUCUCCUCAGCCUUUUGGAAGGAGCUUCGCUACCAUAUGCCAGCCAGAGCCAGAGGGUCCUCCCAGGGUGUUGAGAAGGCCCUUCUGAGAUUCUGAAUGUUUGAAACCAGGCUUGACGACAGAGACGUAUGGCUACAAAGCUGUCUCCGGAGACGUGUUUGUAAUGCAGUGUGCUAAACCCUACUCUGCUGGUCUCUGUGGACACCUCUACAACAUCUCAGCCAGCCCGGAAGCCAAUUGAUUGAAAUCAGAAAGGGAAACCAACAGUGAUAGAAAGUGCUUCAUAGAUGACGUAGCGGUGAAAAGACAUGGGAACGCGCUUUGGUUUUCAAACGUUUCUGCAAAGCACUCUGGGACGUACAUGUGCUUGACACGUGGCACCGUGCUCAACUUCUCUUUAGAGGUAUUGGACAGAGGCAGUCUCGGGUGUAGGCAUACAGAGCCAAUUGGGGACACUCUGAUACUAGGUCAAGGUGGCAAGAUCUAUUGCCCUGGGGUCAACUGUGGAAACUGCUCUGCCUCGGGGUUCAG